AAUGUGAUUUUUUUUUUUUUUUGACAAAUUCCUGGAAGCAUCAAACAAAUUGCUGAAUAAUCGCUUCUGUUUUGAUUACGUGUCGAAACGCUAAACUUCUAACGCAGCUUGCGGGGGAAAUUCAGGGGGUCGGUGCGACAUCGAUGAGUGGCAACGAAAAUAAACAAGUAAGCCCCACAUAGGAAGCCUCAGGGAAAGGGCUUCGUACUGGCGAGCCCGAAGCUCCAACAUCGAAGACAGUUUACCCCAGACCAGCGACGAAUCCGUAUGCCAAAUUGAAAUCACAGCCAUGGAUGGUCUACAAUAUGCGGUCGAGUUUGCCCACGAUGAUAACCUACUGGGUGGUAGCCCAUCGAAUGUGUCUCAACUCUCGGAAUUUCUGGCCAUGCUCACCCUUAAGUCAGCCGAGGAACGCAAUGAUGACGGCCAAAACCGUCAUGACAAGCUCUUACAAUUCAAACGGGAAGCCGAUUUGCUGGCAACCAAAUUUGAUUCGCCCGAUUAUUACACCCAAAAGGAGGAAUUAAUCUUCAAGGUCGUGUGUGAAUUGCGGGGCAUUGACCACGAGAAGUGGCUCCUGGAUGAAAUGGGACUCAUGGAUGAAGAUGCAUUUGGUGAUUUUCUGCAGGAUGCGUUUGUUGGCAAUGGAGAUUGAGUAACAGCUUCUUGUUUUUAAGCUCUGAUUCAUUGUAAGAAACAUUUACCUUUUGGAAUCUAUUAACUAACAACCAAGAAAUAAAUCUUGAAAUGAAAUCAGCACAUCACCUAGCUGUCAGCC